AUGGAAGAAGGAUCGCUUUCCGAACUCGAGAGGAGGCUUCUGAGACUGAGCCAGGAAUUCGGGAUGACACCAUAUCAGGACGAUCCUGUACGAGAGUCUGCCGAGAGUUCAUUGGAGUCGGCGUCGGAUACAGAAGACGGUGACAGAAGCGUCUCCACGGACGAACCGACUCCGGACGAACAAAAUAGGACGCUAAAUGACUGGUGUGAUUGUCGCAUAUGCGGACAAAUGCCGACUGUACAGGAACGCAUUUGUUGCCGCCGCAUCAACGAGGUGCUGCGCAAACAACCGAAGGGUUGUAUCACAGAGAACGAGCACUUCCGCACAGUGUGUUUGCACACUGAGGUCCUUUCUGUCGCGCUGUGCGAGCCUCAGGAUCCCAAUACGCCAGAUUCGAAUCAGCAACAAGCGCAAGAAAGAGGGUACAGAAUGUAUCGCUUUGCUGCUUAUAGACAGUUCACACGCUGGAUUUGGGGAUACCUUGGGCCAGACAAUCGGAAAACACUUCCAGCAUGUGUAGUCACAACCAUUAGAAAGGAAUUUCCCUCCACAUCAUACACAGGGUUCAAGCAGUCAAGGGUGGCUUGUCAUGGAGUGUGA